GGUCCGAAAGCAGAGUGAACGGGGGAGUGCAGCGCCGGCUCCCCGCAUAAAUUCACCCCCAUACUCCGUGCCUCACCGAAGGACUGUGAGUAGCAGACGUACCUAAGGUUAACCUAGUUCACCUUUGGUAAGGUUACUAUGUAAGCGGCUCAGCUGACGCAGGGUAGCUCCAGUCAACGUCACCAACCGUCACGGCACCAGCGGGCUGCACCUUGCCAAAUAUACUCUAAAGAUUUCAAACUUGCCCAUCCUCACGAUCCGUUCGCACCGACUCGCCGGAACUUGCGGCCAACAAUGGGUUCAAUUGCACUGUCGCCUAUAUAUUGUAUCCCCCAGCACGACGUGAAAGACCACAUUCCGUUCGCAAAGCCGUAGACCGGUUGUGUUGUUAAGCGCUGGAGCCCCGACUAUACACACUCAUCUUUUAGACAUCAUGCUCAUCCUUUUUAGCCUCCCCAUCAGCUUCCUCUUGCUGGGGGGCUAUGUCCACUACUGGUGGAAAACCGAAGCCGCCCUGAGUACGCCCUGGAUUCCCGAUCAGGGCGCUCGACUCUUUGCCGAACGAGGGCUGCCCCUGCCCAUCGAAGAGAACAGCAUCGCGACGUACGCUCUCCCACUAUCGACGCGGGGCCGCGACAUCGUCGACACCCACGGCCGGCGCUUCAAGCUCGCCUCGGUGAACUGGUACGGCGCAAGCGAUGAGCUGUUCAUCCCCGGCGGGCUGGACGUGCAGCACCGGGACAAGAUCGCCGAGACGAUACGCCGCAUGGGCUUCAACAGCGUGCGCCUGCCAUACUCGGACGAGAUGGUCAUGCUUAAUCCACACGUCUUACCGCACUUGCUGACGGCGAACAAGGACCUGGAGGGCAUGCGCGCCCUCGACGUCUUCGAUGCUUGUGUCAAGGCCCUGACGGAUGCCGGCAUCGCUGUCAUCAUCAACAACCACAUCACGACAGCAACAUGGUGCUGCGGCGCCGACCCCUGCGACUCCGGCUGGUCUAACAGCCACCUCGGGCCCAUAUGCAGAGUCUCCCAGACCGAGGAGGAUUGGGUACAGCAUUGGGAGACGGUCAUGGCGCGGCUCGUUGACAACCCCUACGUGAUUGGGGCGGACUUGAGGAACGAGGUCCGCGGCGCCUGGGGCACGAUGCCAUGGGGUAAAUGGGCAACGGCCGCCGAGAAAGCCGGCAACCGGCUACUCAAAUUAAAGAAGGACUGGCUGAUCGUUGUCGGCGGGACCGAGUCCGGGAAUGACCUGACGGGUGUUGCGAAGCGGCCGGUCGAAGUGGACGUCGAGAACAAGGUGGUCUACUCGGCGCACGUGUAUGCAUGGUCCGGCUGGGGGAGCUCUGAGGGCCGCUACUCGAAACGGAACUAUGCGAGCUUCAUCCGCGCCAUGCGUACAAAUUGGGCCUACUUGGUCGAAGACGAUAUCGCGCCCGUCUGGCUCGGUGAGUUCGGAGCGCCGCACCACCCUAGCCAGGGAGAUGCGAAUUAUUGGAACAACUUGCUGCGUUAUCUUAAAAGCAUCGAUGCCGACUUUGGAUAUUGGGCUAUCAAUCCCCGAAAACCGAGAGAAAACGCACUUGAGACUUACUCGCUGGUGCAGGAUGAUUGGGUUACGCCGAUUCUUGACUACAGGAUGAGAGAUAUGACUGAGCUCAUUGCUGGGGACGAGAAGAAAGGCACGAAGGAGCUAUGAGGGGUUGGUCCCUGAAGAAGUUAUGGGUGGUUUGGAUUAACAACAUCUGUUCAGGAAUUAAAUUUGUAUACAUUGUCUGUCGCCAACCACAACCCGUGGAUGGCAUCAUCACGACUAGUAUUGAUACAAGGUUCUGGCGUUAUGGUUGAUGUUGGGAAAUGCGGAAGACAAAAGGAGAGCAAUAUCAAACAUACACCUUCAUAAAAUUCAAAACUGGGAAUUACCAAACUACUGCGCAUUGUGAACAUCGAAACC